AUGGUCCGCCUUAUGAUGCACCCGGAACCGUCCAACUACUCGUACGUGUUCGACUUCGAGGAGAACUUCCACUACGAAUGGACGCGACAGUGGAUGACCGAGAACUGGACCAACGGGUUCUAUUACUGCACCAUCUACGCCAUGCUGGUGUUCGGGCUCCGGCGUAUGAUGCGCGACCGGGCCGGUUUCCGGCUCAAGGGACUGCUGGUGCUGUGGAACGUUAUGCUGGCCACGUUCAGCCUGGUCGGCUUCGCCCGAACGGCGCCCGAGCUGUUCCGGGUUCUCAACAAAUAUGGACUGCACCACUCGGUGUGCGUCACCAGCUAUCUCAUAGAUGACAAGGUGUCCGGGUUCUGGUCGUUCGUGUUCGUCCUGUCCAAGCUGCCCGAACUGUGCGAUACCAUAUUCGUGGUGUUGCGCAAGAAACCGCUCAUCUUCCUCCACUGGUACCAUCACAUGACCGUGCUGAUGUACUCGUGGUUUUCGUACUCGGAGUUCACGUCGUCCGCCCGGUGGUUCGUUGUCAUGAACUACUCGGUGCACUCGAUGAUGUACUCGUACUACGCGGCCAGCGCCUUGGGUUACCGGGUGCCCAAGCAAGUGUCCAUGUUCAUCACGGCCAGUCAGCUGACGCAGAUGCUGGUCGGCUGUUUCAUCAACUACGCCACAUACAGUUACAUAAGGGCCGGUGGCCAGGAAUCUUGCCGGGUGUCCCAGAUCAAUGUCACGAUGUCAUCCCUUAUGUACUUUAGUUACCUGUUGCUGUUCGCCCAGUUUUUUUACAACGCGUACUUCAACAAAUCCAAAAAAUCGUCCAAAACCAAACAACAGUGA